GAGGAGAGGACACCGCCACACAAGUCCGGCGAGUCGGCGAGCGUAGAGACACGUAGAGACGCGGCGCGUAAGGGCUUGCGGACCGGAAUCGAACCGCGGGUGUCGGAAGGUGGGUUUCUCUCGCUCCUGUGCGUCUUUCUAAGCAACGCCACCGGGGAAACGCGCGACGCGCACGCACGUCAAGAGCGGGCACGCAACGCACUGCAGCCGCCGACAUCGGGAGGACAGGCAUUCGCUCAGCCACAGUCCGCGCACUGCCCGGUUGACCGACCGUGCUGGUUCGGCUGUGUUCGUCCGUCAUAUUAUAUUCGCAGCCCCGAGAGAGUGAGAGAGAGCAAGGUUGCUGGCACACACGUAGCUGGUGUUGCGACGCAGCGAGAGGAGGCGGAGGAGGAAGAGGAACGGACGGCCGAUACGUACGCGGUACGGAGCGAAGCGACGAAGACGAGCGGAUCGGGGACCGACUGCCGGCCAUGGAGAAGCGGAUAGAGCUCGAGAAGCGGGGAAGAAAGCCCGGCGACAUCAAAGAACUUGUUCUUGAUAAUUGCCGGAGUACGCAAAUUGUGGGUCUGACAAAUGAAUUCAGCGCCCUGGAGUCAUUAAGUCUUAUCAACGUGGGUCUUACCAGUCUAAAAGGCUUCCCAAAGUUGUCCAGUCUUAAAAAGCUGGAGUUAAGCGACAAUCGGAUUUCGGGCGGUUUAAAUCUGCUUGAUUCGAGCCCCAAGCUGACUCAUCUGAAUCUGAGCGGAAACAAGAUCAAAGAUCUCGAUACGUUACAACCUCUCAAAGAGUUCAAGAACCUGAAGAGUCUGGAUCUGUUCAACAAUGAAGUGACAAAUAUGGAUAAUUACAGGGAGAAGGUCUUCAAUCUUAUUCCCAGUCUGCGAUAUCUCGACGGAUAUGACGCUGAUGAUUGCGAGGUUGACAGCGACGGGGAGGAUGACGAGGUCAAUGGAAAUGAAGAUGGAGAAGGAGGCGGCAACGAAGACGACAGCGAAGAAGUUUCAGAUGAAGAAGACGAGGAUUUCCUAGAUGACGAUCCUGGAUUAGAUAUUGUCUACAAGGAAAAACUCGGGGAUAGCGAUGAGGAGGAUUAUAUGGGAGAGGAAGAAGAGGAAGAUGACGACGAGGAUAAUGAGGAUGAUGAGCAAGAAGAAGAGGAAGAGGAGUCUCCUGUUCGAGGAAAGAAAAGAAAAAUUGACGAAGUGGGAGAGAACUUGAACGCUUAAGAUGGAGGGCUGUCUCUGAUACUGUUGAAUGAGUGUAAAAUUCAUAUAAAUAAUAACAAUAAUUGCGACGCCGAGUGAACAGCUGGGAAUCAAACUAAUCGACCGACCAAUGACAGACUACAGUUAGUGAUAUGAAUUUAUCAGUAAAUCAUUGACUUGGCGGGGAAAUUGUCUGUGUAACAACAAAAGAUUUAUCGUACGAUAGAAGAUUUGGAAUGCAAAUGGUAGGCGUGAGGAAAACUGGAAAGGAUAAUGGCAUAAAAAUAGGGCUGCAUUCCAGCUGGACACAGCACAGUUUUAGUUAUACUAACGAUAUUUUAUAUAGAGUAUAUAGAGUUAGAGAGUAUUAGUGGUGUUGCAUAGAAUGGAAGGAAGAUCGAGGAGAGAAAGCUUGAGAGAAAGAAAGAAAGAAAGAGGGCGAGAGUGAGAGCGCGAGAGGGAGAGAGAGAAUGCGCGUGUGUGUGUAUGCGCGUGCGAAAGAGACGGAAAUAGAUUGCGGGAGGUAGCGGAGUUUUACACUUGAAGGAGCAUCUUGUCUGUUAGCUCCAGUCGGCCAAAGGCUGGUCACGCUGGAAUGCGGUCAUCGUUAAUCAGUAAUAAGGUUACAUAAGUUACAUUUUAAAUACAUUAUUAUUGUACCGUGAAAUAAGUAUAGAGUAAAUGAGGAACAACUUUUGUACAGGUUUACACCAUACAUCGAGGUGCAUUAUAUGCCUCUGUGAUUUUUGGGACAGAAAAUAAAGAGAGAGAAAUAUAUGUUACUCGUAUACGUGAGCGUAUAUAUCCGACGAGGACGGGGGAUGAAGUACGUUAAAGCAAAAAAAUACAAAAAAAAAUAUGAUACAGGACGGUCGCUGUGAAUGAAAUAGCGAAUUGUGUGCGCGUUUCCCGCGCGGAACGUUCUGCACUACGGUGAUGUCCGAUAUCAACGAGAGAUGGAUAGCGAAUAGAAAAUAUCGUAAUAUUUAUAUUAUUGUUUUUCAAUCGCGUGAUUCCGAUGACAGGCAGAGAGCGAGAGUUAGGCCGUUUAUAUAUUCAGAUAUACGUGGGACACACGAAAAUUCUCCGAUACACCUCGAUCGACGGACGUUGUCGAGCGUUGCACGUAAACGCGCGGACCCGGUGUUAUCCUAACUUAGACUUUUUUCUAGUAAGCUUUAAGUUCCAGAUAUUCUAUGUACAACGGCGAUCGGCCGCCCGGCGCAUGGCUGUUAGGAUUAUUGUUAUUUACUCUCGGGCAUUGCGGUAAAUGUUGUGCUCUAAUAUAACGUAAAAGAAGAUCAAUUUGAUUAUUACGAUUUACGAUAUGUUCCCACUUUCGAAGAUAAUUGUACAGUUAUAUAACUCGAAUUUUUUCUUUUUUUUUAUAUAUAUAUGUAUAUAAGGCAUAUCACGGAUUUAUCGUAUUUUCUUCUCUUUUAUAUAUUCUAUUGUACAGAAUAUAUAUUCUAUAAAUAUGAGGCUAAUACUUUUUUAACAGAACAAAAUUUAAAAAAAAGAGAAAAAGAAACGGAAAAGUAUGAAAAAGUGUUUUAAGCAAAAGUUUCUUUUUAAUAUCAUAUAACUUCAGGUAUUUGACACUGAAAAAUUGAAGAGCCGUGACGAAUGAGUUUCCAUCAAGAUGAAAAAGAAAAAUGAAAUAGCAUUUAUUAUUUUUAAUUGAAAGAAGAUACGGUAAUUCUCUCUAGGACAUCCUGUAUAUGCCAAAGCAUAAAGAAUAAAUUAUGAUUGAUUGAUAAUGUGAUUGAUUUCUGUUACAUAACAUUAUGUAAUCUGCAGUAGGCCUCAAUCUUUGGAACGAAUUACUAAGGAAAACAAAAAGUCAACAUCGUGUGCGUCGAACGAUUAAAAGCCUUUAAUUUCUGUCUCUGAAGUUACCAUUGCGCUGAUACAUUUCGUGAUGAAUAAUGAAGUGCGAAGUUUUAGAGGUAAUGGAGAUUCAUCAAUAUAUUAUGAUUAACAUUAAAUUACGAGUAUGAUUUUAAGAAACAAAAUAUUUACACUUGCGCUUUCGCACUUUUGAAUUGUAACUAAAGUCAGAAACGCAAAAUUAGAUUUAGGGACAAGAACAAGAAGAGAAAAAAAAAGAAAAUGUGAAAAAGACACAUUUGAGACGAGACAGGCGCAAGAUAAAAGGGACUCGCAGGAUGGAUCAGACGAUGUAGUUAAUAGUGAGAUUGUGACGAGUAGAUUGGGACAGGGACAACCAAUUAACUACGUAAUCGUGUGAGAAUGGAUGGAAGUAUAGUGGCGAGCGAGAGAAUUUGCGAAGAGAGAGAGAGAGCGAGAGAGAGAGAAAGAGAGAGAGGAUCGGUUUUAUAAGAAAUAAAAGAAUAAAAAAAAUAAUUAUGGUAGUAUCGAGAGGACCUGGCGCCUCCUUGUCGCCAGUUUGGUUAUGGCCUUAUCCAAUUUUUCCAAGACUAAAAGCAAAUUUAUAUUAGGUACAAUGAGUAUAUGUGAACAUGUACAGGUCCAAAUCUGUAAAUUUCCAAUCUGCAAUUUGUAAUUGCGGCUCGCGCGGAAGCGUUUAUUAAGCGUUAAAUUAUAAAUAUAAUUAAGAAUUUAAAUUAUAAAUAACUGAUAAAAAAAACACAUUCCGCGCGCUCCGCGAAACACGUGUAAAACACACACACAAUCAUACAUACACGUAUUCACACAGCCACACAAAUACACGUAACACACUUUUGUCAAUUGCGAUUUUGGAUAGACCAUUUAAGUAAGGGGAAAAAAGGAAAAAAAAUUUGUCUAUCACCUUCUAUUUACCAGAUAUAUUACAUCUGUGUACUGUCUGUCUGUUCCGUUGUUAAAAUGGACUUUUAUCAUAACGUUUGUUUAUUUCGAGCAAUCCUCAUCACACAAAAUAAGAAAAGAUAAUUUAUUAAUAAAACUAUUUACAAAUCAACGAGGGUGUAUCCGAUAUUGACAAGUGAAACCUAGCUUUUUGCACUUGUUUUUUUUUGUGCUUUCGGCGUUAUUAAUACGAAUGUUUUUAUUUUUAAUUUUUUUUUUCAUUCUCGCUUAUAAGUUAUCUUUAGAUUUUUUUUUUUUCAGGAAGUAUCUUUUAUAUACAUAUUUAUUCCAACUCGCCGAUCAUCUUAUCUACGAGCUUCAGUCUCGCGGUAUCACAAUCGGAUAUAUAUAUGUAGAUAUAAGUAAAAGUAUAAUAUAACUGGAGAUAACGAUAUUUUAAGGAAAAAUAUUUCGUAAUUGUUCUGUAAUUUGUUUCCAAUUAUAACUAUAUAAUUCAUUGAUUCUGAAUCUGACAAUGUAUAUCCUAUAAAGUACGUACAACAUA